AUGCCAAAGAUGCAUUUUUCUCCACCAUUGGUGGAAGGUACCAAACGGUGCAAUAAACUGUUGUCGUACCAGGAGGUUUGCAAAAUGACGGCUUUGACUGUUAAGGAAAUGGAGUACUUUGAAGAGACUAUUGCCCGUCUGGCUGCUGCAGAAUUCUUUGAAAUUAAGCCAUGCCCAAAGUGCAGAACACAUGUGGAGAGGACAGAUCUCUCCAACCUGUGUGUGCACUGCACCAUCUGUACAGCCAAUCAGAAGAAGAUAUACUAUUUCUGCUGGCUGUGUCAGAGGGAGUGGAAAGGUCCAGGCCCCAGAUCUGACCGCUGCGAAAAUGACGGCUGCAUCAACAAGGACCUUCAACUUCUGCAGACGUGUAAGACCAUCAGUCUGCCUGCUGUGGAGGGGGUCACUGAUUGUCCGUCAGUGCGAGCCUGUCCUAAAUGUGGCCUGAGUGUGGAACACAGUUCACAAUACUGCAAAAACAUCAACUGCCCUCGCUGUCACAUUGAGUUCUGUUUUGUCUGUCUGAAACUAAAGCUUGAGUGUAACAAAACAAGUUCUCCAUACAAAAUCUGUCCCAGUGGUGUGGCCCCAAGACAGACCUCCAUCCCUGUGUGGCAGAGGAAAUGAGGGGAAAAGGUCAGGAUUGUGGAGUCCUUUUAUCUGAGGGUAAAAAGCAGCAGUAACAGAAAUGACUGUAGACAUAUUGAAGUAUUUGUUGCUAUAUGAAAAUAAUUUUUUAACAUUAAUGUAUUAUUUUACUGCUGCCCUCAGAGAGGUGGCUAUGUGAUAGAUACCUGAUAUUUUUAAAGAGUUAAAACAUCAGGAGUUGAUCACAUACCAAGCUCAACUAGAGGUGGAGACAGAUUACAAAGAGAGUAUUUUUGGAUGAACACAUUGAAAGCUCUGCAAUAUCAUGAUCUAAGUGGUCAAAUGGACCUCUAUCUUUUCCUGUAGUUGUCAUAGUCGUCUGAGGUGGUUGUAAAUUUAGUCAAUUAUAUAUAAUACUGUAUAUCAUGAUGUGACUGGUUGUAAAUCUUUAAAGGAAGUAGCUUGGAGGCCAUUUGUACCUGUUCUGAUGAAGGCCUGGCUGAAACAUGUCUGCAUGUUUUUAUGAGUCCAUUGCCCUGAUGAAAUAAAGUUUUUAUUAAUUAUC